AUGAGCGCCCCAAGCACGUCGCUGGGUUCGUACGGGAAGAAGCACAAGGUGACGGUGGUCGGGUCGGGCAAUUGGGGCUCGACGAUUGCGAAGAUCGUGGCCGAGAGCACGCGAGAACACCCUGACCUCUUUGAGGAGACGGUACAGAUGUGGGUAUACGAGGAGACGGUGGUGAUCCCCGAGGGCGCGCCGCUGUACGACGCGGCCGUGGGCUCGCGGCCGCAGAAGCUGACCGAGGUGAUCAACACGCGGCACGAGAACAUCAAGUACCUGCCGGGGAUCCCGCUGCCGACAAACGUGGUGGCCAAUCCGUCGCUGCUGGACGCGGUACAGGGCUCGACGAUCCUGGUGUUCAACCUGCCGCACCAGUUCAUCAGCAACGCGUGCAAGCAGAUCAACGGACACAUCCUGCCGUUUGCGCGGGGCAUCUCAUGCAUCAAGGGCGUCAACGUGACGGACGACGGGAUCUCGCUCUUCUCGGAGUGGAUUGGCGACGCACUGGGCAUCUACUGCGGUGCGCUGUCGGGGGCCAACCUGGCGAGCGAGAUCGCGCAGGAGAAGUGGAGCGAGACGACGAUUGCGUACGACCCACCGCCGAUGGACAGCUCGCGCAACCAAACGCCGCGGUCGCAGUCGCCGGCGGGUCCAGAGGUCACGAUCAGUGCGCCGGCCGACGAGCUGCAGCACAAGGAUGUGCGCGGACGCGCCAGUACGGUCAAGCUGACGCCGGUGCCGGCCGACUACCCGCCGCUGGACCACCAGACCUUCUCGGCGCUCUUUCACCGACCGUACUUUCACGUCAGCAUGGUGCUCGACGUGGCGGGCGUGUCGCUCAGCGGGGCGCUCAAGAACAUUGUCGCGAUUGCGGCCGGCUUCGUCGAUGGGCGCGGCUGGGGCGACAACGCCAAGGCGGCGGUAAUGCGCGUCGGCCUGAUGGAGAUGGUCAAGUUCGGCAAGGAAUUCUUUGGCGAGACCGUGCAUACAGCCACGUUCACGGAGGAGAGCGCCGGGGUGGCCGACCUGAUCACGUCUUGCUCGGGCGGCCGCAACUUCCGCUGCGCCAAGUUGGCCAUCCAGAAGGGCCUCUCGGUCGAGGAGGUCGAGCGGACAGAGCUCAACGGCCAGAAGCUGCAGGGCACCACCACCGCCAAGGAGGUCAACAGCUUCCUCAAGACCCGCGGCCAAGAGAGCCAGUAUCCGCUGUUCACAGCUGUCAACGAUAUCCUGGAAGGGCGGCAUAGCGUUGACGACAUUCCACGCCUCGUUGCGCGUUCCGCACAUUCGUACGAAUAG